UGCUUCUCUAAAGCGAAAGUAGAAAAAUCGAGUAAACAACUGUUGUUUUUGUUGUUGUAUUUUAAUAUGUUUAACACAUACUGGGGCUAUAAGAAUAUCCUACAUUUUAAAAAAAAUUGUUAUGUUAAAUUCACUAUAAAUAAACACGUAGUUUAUUCUAAAGAACAAAUGGUCAUAUUAUAUCGAAAUAUUUAUGGUAUGAGUGAAUUAUUUUUUUUUCAUGCUUUGUGGUUGUGGGGAAUGACAUGACGUUAGUUGUGUAGGGACGUAACUGGAGUCAUUUGAAGUUUGUUGUGAAAUAAUGUCCAGUCGUCCCUGAAUUCUUGAUUGAUAAGGUAUCAGUGCUUUCAUACUUACCGGUACGAUUCUGAAGGCGUCCAUGUUGCCGAGUCCAUGCCUUCUCUCUUGGAUUAUCUAAAUCCUCAGGUGGGUGUGAUGAUGAACUUCUCACCCAAAGGCCAGAAAUUUUGAAGGUCACAUGAUCAAAACUAUAACACUCAAGCUGUGACAAUGAAAAACAAACUGAAAGGACUAUGUCCCUAUGGUACUGCAAAUUGGCUCUCUAAGUUCACAUUCUGGUGGGUUUUUCCGCUGUUCCGUUAUGGUUUCCGCCACCCCUUGACACAGGAUCAUCUGUAUCAUGUCUUACCAGAGGACCAGUCCGACCUGUUAGGGGAUCGCAUGGAAAAAUCCUGGAAUGCCCAUGUGAAAAAAUAUGAAGAUAAAGGGAAAAAGCCAAGUUUGUACUGGGCAGUGAUUGCAGAGUUCAAAUGGGAGUGGGGCGUUAAUGGCAUCUUUCUAGUCGCCUCUGAAGGUAUCAGGAUUGCCCAACCCUACCUGAUUGGUCAGAUCAUCUCCUACUUCCAGCCUGGCUCCACCUUGUCUCAAACGGAGGUGUACAUCUAUGCGGUGGUGGUGGCAGUCAGCCACAUUCUACAGCUGAUUGUCAAUCCCAAAUAUUUCUUCACUUGUCACCAUAUUGCUUUGAAAAUGAAAGUAGCUGUGGCUAGCCUCAUUUAUAGGAAGAUACUAAAAAUGAGCAGCUGGUCAAAACAUUCCACAACAUCAGGGAAAAUUGUCAACCAUUUGUCAACGGAUUUAGAGAAGUUUUCAUAUACGAUCGAGAGCUUCCAUUUUUGUUGGCUGGGUCCCCUGGAGAUUGUGGCUAUCCUGUACUUGUUGUACCAACAGAUCGGUCUGGUCAGCCUCCUUACUCUAGCCGUCACCGUAGUUCUUCUACCCUUACAGGUCAUGCUGGGAUGGAUCUAUGGGAAAUUGAGGAUGAAGAUAGGAGCUGCAGGAGACAAAAGGAUCCAUUUGAUGAACCAGAUAAUUGCUGGGAUGAGAGUGAUCAAAAUGUACUGCUGGGAGAAACCAUUCAGUGAAAUUGUGUUUAACAUCAGAAGGUGGGAAGUAUCUGAGAUAUGGAAAGCCAAUAUUGCCAAGUCCAUCAACAUGGGAUUGUUCCAGAGUGCCUCUGUGGUCAUCAGCAUGGCCCUAUUUGGAACAGCGUGGUACACGGGGGUUCCCCUAUCCGCCCAGAGGAUCUACAGCACCCUAGGCUGGGUCUUCUGUCUGCGACUGACCAUCUUCCUCUUUAUGAUGUACCUGGUGGAAGAUAACAAACAGCUGGCAUCUUCCCUCAAAAGAAUACAGUCCUUCCUCACAGUAGAGGAUAUGAAGGUCAUUUCUGAGUCUGAAGGGACAACCGAGUCAAUGGAGAAGGAGGGUGUGUCUAUCUCUAUCAGGGACAUGACAGCCAGCUGGCUUGGGCAUCACCCCCAGGACAAUGAGGGUGUUGCCGAUAAACUUCUGGACCAGGAAAUGAGUGAGGCAUUUUCUUUGAAGAAUAUUAAUCUUGAAGUUAAAAAGGGAGAACUCCUGGCUAUAGUAGGACCAGUUGGUUCUGGAAAGACAUCUCUCCUGUUGAGCCUGCUCAAAGAGCUUCCACCCGAGACAGGACAAGUGUGUGUGCAGGGCAUGCUGGGAUACAUGGCUCAGACGCCGUGGGUCAUGUCCGGAACCUUUCAGGCCAACGUCACGUUUGGAGAGAAUGUAGAGCAAGAGAGAUAUCGCCAGGUGUUGCAUGCCUGUGCUUUAUACAAGGACCUGGAGCUGAUGAGACUGGGGGACCAGACCUUGGUCGGGGAGCGAGGCUUGUUGCUGAGUGGUGGUCAGAAGGCCAGGCUCACACUCGCAAGGACGGUGUACAGGGAGGCAGAUGUGUACCUGCUGGAUGAUCCCCUGGGGGCAGUGGACACAGAGGUGGGCAGUCACCUGUUCCAGAGGUGUAUUUGUGAGUUGUUGAGAGGGAAGACCAGGAUUUUGGUGACUCAUCAGCUGCAGUAUCUAAGGUCAGCUGACAGAAUUGUUGUUCUGACCGAGGGUAAAAUAGUUUGUGUUGGAACGUAUGAUGAACUGGUGAAACAGGGGACAGAAUUUUCCUCCAUCCUUACCAAGCAUGACAAAGACAUGGAAGAAAAAGACGAGAGGCAAGAGAAAUUGGACAAUGAACAAGGAGAGAAGAGCACUGAGGCGGUCGGUGACGGUGAAUAUGCGGAGACCGGGGGCAUUGGUUGGAAUGUCUACAAGGACUACUACCUCUCCGGUCGGCCAUGGCUGUAUCUACCAGUGACCUUGUUCCUUCUUCUGAUUGCCUAUGCUGCUUAUGGAUAUGGAGACUGGUAUCUAGCUAAAUGGGCUGAACUCUCCGAUUCUCUGAACAUAAAGGCACAAAAUGAAUCCUAUCCGCUAUAUCCAGUGAUUAAUACAUUGAACCAAACACUGGGAUUAAACACAUUGUACAACAUAACACCCCUUCUACAGACCAGUAACUCUACCCCUGAGGGGUCCCUGAUCACCCUCCAGGGAGAUGAGCUGAUGCAGCAGUACCUGGUGGCCAUGUCUGUCUUUGUGGUGGGAAUCAGUCUCUUCAGCCUGGUGUAUUUCAGAAUGUCAGUCAUCAUCAGCAAGAGACUUCACAACAACAUGUUCCAAGUGGUGAUGGGGGCCAAGACUCAUUUCUUUGACUCAAACCCUGUGGGUCGAAUAUUGAACAAAUUUGCAAGAGACUUGGGGCUGAUAGAUUCUGUCAUACCUACAUUAACAAACAUCGUUUUAGAGAUAAUCGUUCACUUGGCCAUGCAAAUUGGUAUAACCUGUAUCAUCAAUCCAUACUUGCUGUUACCUCUAACUCCCUUGGUCAUAGUGAUUUACUUAGUAAGAUGGUUCUCGUUACCGACCACCAGAAAUAUGAAACGCUUAGAGGCCAUGACCCAGAGUCCUAUCUUCUCCCACAUCUCUGACACUCUGGUGGGUCUCCAGUCAAUCCGUGCCCUGGGGAUGAGUCGGAAGUUCCUGCAAGAUUUUGACAGAUUCCAGGACCGACACACCAGCGCCUUCUUCCUGUUCCUGUCCGCAAACCGCUGGUUCAGUCUGCGCUCUCUCUUCUUCCUUGAUGUCUACUUUGUCCUUGUCAUCCUGUUGUCAUUGGUUCUCAGGGAUAUGAUUGGAUUAUCCGGGGGACUGUUUGGAAUGGCUCUGAACUAUUUGCUGACAAUGGCCGACCCUUUUGAGAGCAUGAUGAGAAGAUCUGCUGACCUGAACACACAGAUGACAUCUGUGGAAAGAAUCAUAUCCUACACAAAGCUAGAACAGGAGGCCCCCAAAGUCUCCGAUUCCCCGCCCCCUUCCUCUUGGCCUCAAAAUGGGGAGAUUAAACUAGUCAAUGUAGGACUACAGUACUCAUCUGAUACUGACCAAGUCUUACACAAUAUAACCUGUCUUAUCAACAGCAGAGAGAAGAUUGGGAUUGUGGGGAGGACUGGAGCAGGGAAGAGCUCUUUACUGGCCGCUUUACUGAGGUUAGCGGAGCCUACAGGAGAGAUUUAUAUCGACGAUGUCAAUGUGUUAAAGAUCGGCCUCCACGAACUCAGGAAUAAAAUCUCUGUCAUUCCACAGGAUCCAAUUUUAUUCAGUGGUACUUUAAGGAAGAAUUUGGAUCCUUUUGAGGAAUACACAGAUGACCAGCUAUGGAUAGCACUAGAACAGGUUCAGCUCAAGGUGAAAGUUCAGAGUGAGAGAGAGGGUCUGUACAUGGAGGUGUCUGACAGCGGACAGAACCUGAGUGUGGGGCAGAGACAGCUGGUGUGUCUGGCCAGGGCCAUCCUCCGACAGAACAACAUACUGGUGCUGGACGAGGCCACGGCUAAUGUGGACCACAACACUGACAGGUUGAUCCAGGAAACAAUUAGAAGUCGGUUCAAGAAUUGUACGGUCCUAACAGUUGCCCACAGGAUUCAUACCAUUAUGGACUCCAGUCGAGUCAUGGUUUUAAAUCAGGGAAAACUUGUUGAAUUUGAUACACCAUAUCAACUUCUACAGAUAGAAGAUGGAUUCUUCAGAAAUCUGGUCCAACAGACUGGAAAAGCCCAGGCAAAAGUUUUACAGACAUUAGCUGAGAGUUUCCACAAAGAGAGAUCUUGAUAUAUGUUUUGGUUUAGAACUCUUUUAAAGAUUUUUAUCAAAAUAAAUUGAUGAAUUCAGUAAAUUUGUUGCCUUUGAUCAAUGUGUACACCAGGUCACAUGAUCCUCACAUCGUCAGUGUUAGCUUGAUGACGCGACCUCUAAAUAUAGAAUGGCCUUUGAUUUCUUUGAUUUCCAUUUCCUGCGUGUCUUGAUCAAAGACAACGUUGAACCUUUCACCUUCAGUAUACUCUUUAAGGUGGCCUGGUUAGUGUUUUGUUAUGUUUUCUCCAUAUUUAAUGUGUACAAUGCUUCAAUAAGGCAUUUCUAAUGGUCAACCAAAAUUUUGGUGUCAGUCGUUCAAUUAUAAGCAAUAUACACAGCUCAUAAUGCUUUGAUACAUACAUGUAUAUGGAAAUAUUUAUAGCUCGUCUUUUUUUUUUACAUUUUGAAUUUCCAUGUUUAGACCUAAAAUAAAUAUGACAAAUGCUGGGAACUGUUUAUUAGUGUACAAAACAAGUUAGCAGAUAGAAAUUAAAACUUGUGUGCAUGACAUUCGUAGAGUAAUAAGCAAGUUACAAGGCUCAGAAUUCUUGUUAUGUAAAGAAGGCUAGCCUUGUGCCAUGUUUUUGUUUACAUUGGUUCAAUAUACCGGUAAAUUUAAAGUUCUUUUUCAAGAUGAUUCUAUCUGAUAAUUCGUUUUGAACAUGAAACAGUCAUUAGCGUUUGUCACAUUCAUUGACAUGUGACAAAUUUAGGUCUAAACUUCGAGUUUUCUUUUGAACAUUUAAAAUGUAAAUAAAAACAUGCCUUGAGCUUUACAUAACAAAAAACUGUAAGCUCUGUAGCUUACUUAUAAUUUCAACCGAAACUCAAACUUUGGUUGAAUAUUAAAAAAGCACUGGUUACAUUAAAACAGAAUAAAACAAAUUUUGACCGAAAUCGUAACAUAACAUAAAAAGAACUUCUACUGGUAUGUUGAACCAAUGGAAAAUGAAACAUGGAACGAGCCUCGUUUAAAUAACAAAUAAUUAUGAACUCUGUAACUUGCUUAAAACUCUACGAAUGACAUUCAAAUCUUAGUUGAUCAUUACAAAUGCAUAAAAUAAUGCCUUAAGCAUCGUUAACAAAAAAAAAAAAGAAAAAAAAAAUUGAAUUCAAUUCAAUUUAUUGACAAAAAGCAUACGUGGCGCAAGUCAUACAUGCAGUAUACAAAUAUAAUUAGUACAUAGAUUUUCUUAUGUAAAAUGCAUCACGUAUGGAGUUACAAAUAUUUUUGUUGAUUGAACAUCUGAUGGGUUAAGAUUGUAUAAGAUAUACAUGUGUUAUUAAA